AUUCUAGUUGAUUAUAACAGAGACAAGUACUUGUCUCUGAUUAUAACCCAAUUUAGUGCUUUUGCAGUGCUUCAUCGCUGUAGGCAGUUGUUUUGCUUGUCUCAGAGACAUUAUUGGUAAUGGUAUUUUGAGGAGUUUUAUUCAGCUUUUAGCGACAUGGAUGCUACAGUGAACGACUUUUUUAAGGAAAUAAAAGAGCUGGUAACCAAGAGUGAACCGAAGGUCCAGGAGGAAGUAUGGCAUGAAUGCUUUGAUGAAUUAACUGGUUACUCCUAUUUCUGGAACACCCAAACAGAUGAAGUGACUUGGGUGCCUCCCAAGUCCUAUAAACGAGCAGAAAACAACCCAAAGAAAAAUACUACAAAAGCAGUAGUAGAAAAAGAUAAGAAGAAGGUUGAACUGUUUGUACCUCCAACAACAGGAAAUGUUCCUCAAUGUUCAAUGCCUGAAGCAAAGGUCUACUCCAUACAAGAUACAAUGAAGGAAUCUGAGCCAGUUAAAAAACAACCUAUCGGACGGAAGCACACUGCAAAAAAGCCUGUGCUUAAAAGGCCAUUUAGGAAAUCUGAAGAUUCUGAUGACGAAAAAAUUGAAUUGAUUACGGAGUAUGCAGCAAAUAGUGAUUCAGAUAAUGACGAUAAAAAUAGUCAGCCUCCUUUGGAUCAAAAUAAAUCCACAGAAUCCCCAUUAACGUUAUCCUUAUUGGGGAAGGAUUCGAUAUUGUUAGACCAAAAUCCAAAAAGUAGUACAUCAGUUGUGCCAAAGCAAAGCGAUUCCCAGACUGACGAAGAAGACGAUGAUGAUGAUUUGGAUAUCCUUGCGAAAAUCCAGCAAAGGGCGCAGGAAUUGAAAAAAAUGGGCGGUGAAGUGCCAUCCAGUGUUAAACAAAUAAUAAAGAAGACGGAAAUAAUUGAAACUCCUAAAAAACCUUCUGUUUCCGGAUUUUCUUUAGUAGCUGGCUACAAUAGUGAUUCCGAAAGCGAGCCAGAAUUACAAGAAGCUCCCCCCAUUAGGCCUAUAUUUCCUGUGGCAUGUCUACCUAUAAGUCCGAUCGUGGAAACCUCACAUAGUACACUAUUUCCCAUAACAAAGCCCAUCGACGUGAAAGAUUUUAUCAGUUACGAGCCACCAGCAAAUGAAGUAGCGAAAGAAGCGAAAACAAAUAAAGUGGAAAGUAGCGAUUUUGAUAGCAAGGCCUUUCAAAGAAAGCGGCGAAUUGGAAUAUCGUUGGUAAAUAAUGUCAAACGACCAAAAGAAGAUGUUAUUCCUGGAACUGAUUUUGUUGGUUUGGGCUUCAAAUCUGAAAUCGUGGAUAAUGGCUAUAUUAAAACCACUAAUGAAGAUGCACCCGUUGCAUAUCCAGGUUUUCAAAAAGGGGGAGUGAUGUUUGUUAAGUCGGAUGUUUUAAAUUCUACGGUUAGCCAGGAAAAAGGUCCAACGAAAGAAACAGAUCAUUGCCUUUUAAACAAGAAGCAAGCAGAAGAUGACUACACUAUUCUCCGCGAAAAGUUGUUGUUUUUAGGGGAAGGACGAGAUGUUGUUUUACCCGUUCAAGUUAUGAUUAUUCAGGCAGAGACUCUAUUUCAAGCAAUGAAGGAGGGAGGUUUAAAUAUUUCAUACUUGCGUAAAUGGUUAAGCGAGACCUGCUCUGACCUAGUGAAUUUAGAAAAAGAAGCAGCUCCGGAAGGGUGGCUUUUGCAGUGGGAUAGAUCGCACAAACGGUAUUUCUACCAAAAUCAAACAACGGGUGUGAACCAGUGGCGAUAUCCUGAGCCGGAUGUAACAAGGUGCGAUGACGCGAUGGAUAUAUCAACUACACCACCUCCCAUGGAUGUAAAAGAUGAACCGGCAGUAUUUGGACCUUCAUUGCCAUCAGAUCCUCCACUUCCUCCUACUCCGCCUAAGAUUAGAAGCCCUACGCCGCCACCGCCACCCAAGAUUACUAUGGCAACUACUACCAUCGAUGUACCAAUUCUUCCGGCCCAAUCGCAGGCCUCUGAAGUGAUAAUUCUUCAUCCAAUUUUACCCGGCUUUGAUAUUGGGCAACCUCUUCCGCCAGGUGUUGACCUAAUAACAAGUGUAUCCAAUAAAAAUCUAGAGGAAGUGUCCCAAAAACCGACUGAUACUCUAAUUACAGCUCUCGAUUCGUUUUACUCAGAAAUAGCCGAGGUGUCUGAAAAUACCAAUUCUUUAUCACCGGUAUCCGCACAAAUACCGGAAACGCCUAUUGAAACGUCUAUCGAUGUAGCAAAUCCGCAACAUAAUUCCGAACCAAUCCGGAAGAAGAAGAAAAAGGUCAAAUUAGCACAAGGUUUAACAAUGAAGAAAAAGGGAGUUUCUCAACUGGUAGAAAAAUGGAAAAAUGUACAGAAAAGUUAUGGAGAUUGAAAUAAAUAUUGCAUAGGAUUUCAA